CACAAAACUACAAUGGCUUCCCUACUCUCUUCUGCUUUCUUCCUCCUCUUUCUGUUCUUCCACUUCUUCUCUGCAACUUGCACUGAAUUCCUCGUCGGUGAUGAACAUGGGUGGGCUGUCCCUCAGCAUAAACACGCUGAUAGAUACAAUAAAUGGGCCUCCCAUAACAGAUUCAACGUUGAUGACACCCUCCAUUUCAAGUUCGAGAAAGAUUCAGUGAUGGAGGUGACAGAGGAAGAGUACAAGCAAUGCCUUUCUUCGAAGCCUCUGUUGUACAACAACAAUGGCGACGCAGUGGUGAGACUUGAGAGAGCAGGGCUGUUCUAUUUCAUAAGUGGAGUUUCAGGGCACUGUGAGAAAGGGCAGAGGAUGAUAAUCAAAGUGUUGGAACCGCUCAGCCCUCCGCAGCCACCCACUGCUCCGCCCCAAAACAACAACACCCCACUCUCUGUUUCAUCUCCAAUGCUUGCACUUUUCUUCAUGUUCUUUGUUUCCUUUCUGUUCAUUUGAAUCGUUUGUGAUGAAUUCCG